AUGAAUAGUGUACCAAGUAGUGCUGACUUGUGCACUGAACGCUACACCGACGAGGCACCGAUAUAUCGUGCCAAUUGCUCGUGUAGAGUAACAUCAAGUUCAACGAAUAACUAUCAGCGUUAUUCUCAUAUACCGUCCACUCAGGAAAAUACUGAUUCAUCGCAAAAGCAACAUUCAUAUACUGUUAAUCCACGUCAUGGACAUUUCAAUAAUCUUAGACAGCACAUAAAUGUUGGGACAAGCAGUCGUUUGUAUGGAAAAUCGUUUUCGACUGCGUAUUACGAUCGUGUUCGUGCACAAGUCUACUUAAAUACACCAAUGCAUUCACAAUCGAAAUCAGCCUUUCUUCCACCUAAAUCUUCAAUGCCACAGGAAACACUGCCUAAAAAUGUUUCUGAAGCGUCUUCAGAUAAUGACGAUCCACCUCUUGACUAUCUCAAUUACACAAUUGAUUCACUUAUUCAGCGAUUAGUGCCAACGGACACUUAUAAACCCAAGGUGACCUUUAUCAAUCCAAUGCUCAUGUGUUCGAGAUUACAUAUUCGACCAAGUGUACUGUUAAAUAAAUUAGCAUGUUUGUCGAUAAAUUCAUUGAGAAAAUACACUCCUGACCAAGGUGUACGAAUAAUGACAAAUUUCCUUGAGAUAUUAUCGCACUGGACUGAAACUUUUCCGUAUGAUUUUCGUAAUGAUGAAAUGAUAUCUCAAUUCGAAGAACUUCUACGAAAACUCAAUUCGUACGAACCAAGUUUUCGCUCAAUCACAAAACGUAUUGACAAGCAACUGCGUUCGAAACUGAGCAAAUUAGACGAUUAUGAAGAUUACAUUCGACAAUUGAACAAAAUGUCUUCGAAAUCUCUCAAUCAAAUAGCUCUCGACACAAGCAUCAUUGAUCGAUGUUCAACACCGAUUCUAUUUGCCGAACAAGUCACUUAUAUUGAACUAAGUAGAUUAAAACCAAUUGGAGCAGAAGAAAUACUACAAUACUUCAUAACAAAAUCUGCAAGUGAAGAUGCACGAGCAGAGACCAAGGAAACCAAAGCAUCAAGUCAAUUAAAAUCUUCACACGUAGCUCAUGACAUCAAGUUAACAUUUACCUUUGAAACCUACAUCCAAUGGUUUAAUCGCUUGACUUUCUUCGUUGCCACCGAAAUUGUCAAACAUACUCAACGACGUUUACGAAUACAACUUGUCACCUAUUUCAUCGAUGCUGCGUAUCAUUGUUUACUUUUAAACAAUUUCAAUUCCAUGUUCGCUAUCUUGGGUGGUUUGAACAUGCAACCGGUGAAGCGUUUAACACGAACGUGGGCAAAAGUUUCACUGGAGAAAUUCACUCAACUCGAACAAUUUAAAAAUGUUUCAAAGAAUUUUACUUAUUAUCGUACUCAAUUGAAAAGAGCGAUGGAGAAUGCACGAACUCGUCAAUGGCAAGUCGAUCGUAUGGUCAUUCCAUUUACAAGUUUGAUUUCUCAAGAUGUGUAUUUUAUUAAAACGCGUAGUAAAAAUUAUACAACCGAAGGUGGAAUUAACUUGCAAAAAUAUUAUUCAAUAUCGAAAUGUGUUCUAGAAGAGUUCAUACAAUGUCAACAAAGUAAUUGUUCAUUUCAACGAAACGAUCAGAUUAUUAAUUUUAUUAUCACAUCUCCGACAUUCAGUGAAGAUGCUUUGAUGCUUGCUUCAUUCGAAUGUGAACCGGCGACAACAACAUAUGAAAUAAAGAUACUAGCAGAACUUCAAAGUAAAAAUCAAUAA